UAGGAUCCUCCUGUGUUGCACACGCCAGACGGCGCGCUGAACGUUUCUCUUCGGAUAUUAAAGGAACAAGGAUAAACAAAUACUCAAGCACAAGCGCGUUCUCUAGAGAGGAACCACUGACGGCAAGAAGGCAGAUCUUCAUAAUAUCUUCGCAUUCACAUUCAUGGGCGGAGCUUAAUCGACAAAGGCAGAGCAGGCGCGUGGGCGUUGCACAUCAGAAACAUCGCUCGUUCUCGUAUACAAAAGCGAAGAUAACAGAGUAACUUAUACCGAUCGAUUUGUCUUCGUAAGAUCUGCUCAUGCAAGUUAAGUUCAUUUUUGUUGGACUUUCCCUCUAAUAUAAGUUGACCCAGAAAUUUAGGCCUGAACUAUGCUGUAAUGUAUGUCGUAGUGUACAUGUAGCGCGCGUUACGGCAUACGCGCAGACUCGAUUUAGUGUAGAGUAGACGCGCCAGCUUGUGUUCUUAGUUCGCUCUAUCUGGUAGCCAAUACAUAUCGUUGAGUUGUUGCUGCACGUAACAAAGGACAUUACAUGGUGUCAGGCGAGAUAGGACCUAUCAAACGCUCGGAUACACAGUGAAAACGAUGUCAACAGGAGGAUUCACGUUCGAUCAUCCAUCCAUGGACUGGAAUGCCACAGACACAUACCAAGAGUUCAAACGCUUCAAGGAACACGUGUCGUUUGUCUUCGCUGGCCCUCUUAGCAAAGCCACGAACGCGGAAAGAGCCGGGUGGCUAGGAAUGUGGGUCGGUCAACAAGGCAGAGAACUGCACAAGACCUUCAGCUGGGCUGAAGGAGAAAAGGAGGACCCCGGAAAGGUUCUAGGGAAGUACGAGGAGUACGUAAGCCCUAGGAAGAACAAGAGAGUAUCACGCUUCCGAUUUCACCAACGCGUACAAAAGGAGGACGAGAGUUUCGACACGUUCCUCAAAGACCUACGCCUUCUAGCCAUGGACUGUCAGUUCCACGACACAGAAGACAUCCUAAUCGAUGGCAUCAUCAAUGGCUCACGUCACAAGAAAGUACAGGAACGCCUACUCUAUGAGGGUCAAGAACUUACACUUGCCAAGUCCAUACAAAUAGCUCGACAGUUCGAGCUGUCACAACAGCAACUGCGAGAAAUGAGAGGCGAAGACUCUGGAAUAGCCGCUGUCAAACCACAGAAGGCGAUCUACAAGCCAAAGAAAGCACAACUCUAUCCAGCUGUUGAACAGCAGGCACGCGACAAACCGCAGAAUUUGCACACAUGUGGCAGAUGCGGCAAUGACCAGACACACAAAAAGACAAGAGGAAAAUGCCCAGCACUAGGAUCAACCUGCACAUACUGCAAGAAGAGAAACCACUGGCAGACCGUAUGUCGAGCUAGAAAGACCAACAGGGUCUACGCAAUGGAGCCUCGGAGUCCAGAGGUCAGCUAUACAGCACAAGACAGCGACUCUACAGAGGACGAGGAAGACAGAUCCUACAUAAACGCUGUGGAACCCUCACAUCGAGCCAAGCAAGACAGAUGGUUAGUACGACUGGAAGUAGGAAGAAGCACCAAAACGUUCCGUAUUGACACUGGAGCAAAGUGUAAUGUCAUAGUUGCCAGCAAAUACAAGAAACUACGCAAUAAGGGUGUCCUGAGGAGGUCACGGAUAAAUCUCUACUCUUACAGCAACCACAAGAUCAACUCCCUUGGCGUGGCAACAAUUCCCAUCAGAUACAAUAGCAUUGACCUGGAAACUGACUUCGAAAUAGUUGACCUAGAGCAAGACAACAUCAUGUCAGGCGAUCUAGCAGAACAGCUAGGCCUCAUACAGAGAGUGAGCAAAGUGAACACGCGCGUGGAAACACAGACCCAACUUCCACCCAUAGAAACACAGACACAACUUCCACACGAAUUUCAGGAUUUCCCUGACUUGGCAAAUGUAACUGGAACGUUGCCCGGCACCUACACCAUCAAAAUCGACCCCAGUGCCAAAGGAGUAGUGCAUCCAACAAGAAGACAACCUGUCAUGCUACGGGACAAGGUCAUAGAGAAAUUGAAAGAAAUGGAGAACGAUGGCUUUAUCACCAGAGUAGAAGAACCCACAGAGUGGGUUAGCUCCAUGGUAGUGUCCCUCAGGAAGGACAAAGUGAGGAUCUGUAUCGAUCCUCGAGACCUAAACAAGGCAAUUAGGCGGGAACAUCAUCCCAUGAAGACAAUUGAGGAAAUCGUCAGCAACAUUCCAAGCGCAAAGGUCUUCUCAGUCCUAGACGCGAAGUCUGGAUUCCUGCAAAUCAAAUUGGACCACGAGUCAUCAAUGCUAACUACAUUCAACACCCCCAUGGGGAGGUACCGGUGGCUACGUCUGCCUUUUGGACUAAAGUGUGCUCCCGAAAUUUACCAGAGAAUCAUGGACCAGAUGCUGGAAGGUAUCGAAGGGGCAACCGCCAUCAUGGAUGACAUAUUGAUAGCUGGCCGGGAUAUGAAACAUCAUGACCAGAUACUCCACCAAGUAAUCGAACGAGCCACCAGCUACAAUUUACGCCUCAACUACGAGAAAUGUCACAUACGACAACCAUCCGUUCGAUACAUCGGACAUCUCAUCACAGCCGAAGGGCUAAAGCCAGAUCCAGAAAAGAUAAAGGCAGUAGCGGAGAUGCCGGAUCCCCAGGAUCAAAGUGACGUCAAAAGGUUUCUAGGCUUCGUCACUUACUUGGCAAAAUUCAUUCCAAACCUAAGCGACGUGGACAAGCCGCUGAGAUUACUUCUGAAGACAGAUGUGAAGUUCGAAUGGCAUCAUGAACACAAAGCAAGCUUUCAGAAGCUGAAGGAGCUGUGUACCCAUGCACCAGUGUUAGCUUACUAUGAUACUCGGAAAGCAGUAGAGAUACAAUGCGAUGCGAGCAGCACAGGCGUAGGGGCGGUAUUACUCCAAGACGGCAGGCCAGUAGCUUACUCAUCAAGAUCGAUGACGGCUACUGAGUCGAGGUAUGCUCAAAUUGAGAAGGAAAUGCUCUCGAUUGUCCAUGCAACCACAAAGUUUCAUCACUAUGUCUUCGGAAGACACGUACAAGUAUACAAUGAUCACAAACCUCUGGAAAGCAUUUUCCUGAAGCCCAUACUGUCGGCACCAAUGAGACUGCAGAGGAUGAUGCUCAAGCUUCAAUGGUAUGACUUGACUGUCACCUACCGAAAAGGGAAAGACAUGCAACUAGCAGACACCCUCUCGAGAGCUUACAUCCCAGGUGAAGAACCCGGAAACAAUGACGACCUCGAAUACAUCAACACACUCAAAUUUGUGCCAAUCACGGGUACCAAACAUUCGGAGAUCCAACAAGCGACGUCUACAGAACUGAAGAACCUCCACUUUGUUAUCCUCUCAGGCUGGCCAGAACGGCGGGAGGACGUCCACAUUACAGCACGGCCGUACUGGGACUCACGAGACCAAUUAGUAGUACAAGAUGGCAUCAUCUUCAAGGGUACAAGGAUAGUAAUCCCGCCGAGCCUUCGUUCCCAAAUGCUGAAACUACUUCAUGAGUCACACCUUGGAGUAGUGAAAUGCAAACAACGCGCCAGAGAGGUAAUGUACUGGCCAGCCAUGAACGCCCAGAUAGAAGACACUGUACGGAGAUGUGACCGCUGCGCGGAGUACCAAAACAGACUACCACCAGAACCUCUCAUGCCAACACCAGUCCCAGACCUGCCAUUUAUUGAAGUGGGAAUUGACCUUUUCCAUUUUGAGUCCAAACACUAUCUCAUACUGGUAGAUUACUACUCAAAAUUCAUUGAAGUGGAUGAGCUGCAAGACCAGACCACGUCCUCUACAAUCCAAGCGCUGAAGAACCAGUUUUGUAGACACGGCAUUCCAGAGAAAUGCAGGAGUGACAAUGGUCCGCAAUUCAGCUCAUCAGACUUCCAACAAUUCUGCAAGGAAUACGGUGUCGACCACAUAACUAGCAGUCCUCACUUCCCGCAGAGCAAUGGUGAGGCGGAGAGAGGAAUACAGACAGUGAAACGCCUCUGGAAGAAAGUCAAAGACAAGCAGAAAGCCCUUUUGGACUAUAGAACAACCCCGUUAGAAGGCAUCAACCUGUCACCUGCUCAACUGCUCAUGGGAAGACGUCCUCGUAACACACUUCCCUCAUCCAGAAAGCUACUAGAACAUACCUCCUACAACAGAGAGUCUGUUCAGAGACACUUCCAGAUGGAGAAGAUGAAACAAAAGCAAUACUAUGAUUCCAGACCAGGAGUGAAACCAUUACCAUCUCUACGACCCGAAGACGCAGUAAGGAUGGCACCACUGCCGGAAUCAAACGCUUGGCUCCCAGCCAAGGUCGACCAACAACACAAGUCACCACGAUCUUUUGUUGUAGAAUGUCCGAAGAGUGGAAGAAAGUACAGACGGAAUCGAAGACAUCUUCGACCGUACCCAGAAGCCAGUUCUCUUGUCAAUGACACGUCCAGGCUCGAUUUUACAACCGGAUACAACAGUCUAAACUCGGACAAUAUAGCCUCACCUCUACCGGAUACACCCAAAGCAGCAGUCAGCGAAAUGGAGGAGAGCUCUGACCGAAAUACAACUCCAGUGACCGCCAACCCGCAAGUGACUCGUUCUGGCAGAAAUAUCCGAAAGCCUAAGAAGCUGGACCUGUGACUGUACAACUCUAGUAAAGGAAGAGAGAUGUAAUGUAUGUCGUAGUGUACAUGUAGCGCGCGUUACGGCAUACGCGCAGACUCGAUUUAGUGUAGAGUAGACGCGCCAGCUUGUGUUCUUAGUUCGCUCUAUCUGGUAGCCAAUACAUAUCGUUGAGUUGUUGCUGCACGUAACAAAGGACAUUACA